AUGUUUGAGGACACUCAGUCGAUACACAGUGAUCUGUCCUCCAGUGCUGGCAGUAUGGCUGAGAACAGCUCAACAGAAAGACAGGUACAACACAUGUCAAAAUAAUGUCCUACCUGUAAUCUAUUGAAGACUAUUCUGUGCAUUUGGUAUCUGUUUGCUUGUGUUUCAGGUGAGAAAGGAGGACCCUUCAACAGACACUGUAGAUCACCAAGUGACAGCGAAGCUACCUGAAGCCAAGCAGGUAAAGAUGUUUAUCAAUGUACAGUAUAAUGAGUUGAAUAACUUUAAGGGUUGAUCAUCCUGAAAGGGAUUUGUGUGCCAUGUGGUUUGAUUUAGCAGAACCCUGGAAUGUUCACGGGAAUGAUGCAGAAAGUCAACCCAUUCAAAUCUGCUGCACAGACACAGGUACUUAUAAUGAUGAUGGUGGUAGUGACAGUGAUGAUGAUAAUGCUGUAUCAUAUUGCAAUUACAUAAUUUGGGACUGAUGGUUUUGGUUAUGCAAAAUACCUAGUUGUGCUAAAUAAGCAAACUCCCUCUUUUCCUGAUUUCUCCCUUUGUCCUCUUUUUCAGGAUACUCUGUCCAUACACAGCAAUCUGGCCUCCAGUGCUGACAGUUUGGCUUCCACAGGAAAACAGGUACAAUAGAACAUCUCUACAAAAAAACUAAAAUAUAUAUAUAGUACCAGUCAAGAGUUUGGACACACCUACUCACCUUACGGGCCCUUCCCAACAAUGUAGAGAGAAAGAACAUAGAGAAUUAAUAGAAAAAGUAAAACGCAUAAUGAUAAAAGUAAUAAUAGAUACCCAAAGAGUAAAGAUAACUUGGCUAUAUACACGGGGUACCGAGUCAAUGUGAAGGGGUACAUGGUAAUUGAGGUAAAUACUGUAUGUACAUACAGUUGAAGUUUACACAUACUUAGGUGGAGUCAUUAAAACUUGUUUUUCAACCACUCCACACAUUUCUUAUUAACAAACUAUAGUUUUGGCAAGUCGGUUUGGACAUCUGCUUUGUGCAUGACACAAGUAAUUUUUCCAACAAUUGUUUACAGACAGAUUAUUUCACUUAUAAUUCACUUUAUCACAAUUCCAGUGGGUCAGAAGUUUACAUACACUAAGUUGACUGUGCCUUUUAAACAGCUUGUAAAAUUACAGAAAAUGAUGUCAUGGCUUUAGAAGCUUCUGAUAGGCUAAUGGACAUAAUUUGAGUCAAUGGGAGUUGUACCUGUGGAUGUAUUUCAAGACCUUCCUUCAAACUCAGUGCCUCUUUGCUUGAUAUCAUGGGAAAAUCAAAAGAAAUCAGCCAAGACCUCAGAAAAACAAUUGUAGACCUCCACAAGUCUGGUUCAUCCUUGGGAGCAAUUUCCAAACGCCUGAAGGUACCACGCAUAUCUGUACAAACAAUAGUAUGCAAGUAUAAACACCAUGGGACCAUGCAGCCAUCAUACCGCUCAGGAAGGAGAUGCGUUCUGUCUCCUAGAGAUGAACAUACUUUGGUGCGAAAAGUGCAAAUCAAUCCCAGAAGAACAGCAAAGGUCCUUGUGAAGAUGCUGGAGGAAACGGGUACAAAAGUAUCUAUAUCCACAGUAAAACGAGUCCUAUAUCGACAUAACCUGAAAGGCCGCUUAGCAGGAAGAAGCCACUGCUCCAAAACCACCAUAAACAAGCCAGACUACGGUUUGCAACUGCACAUGGGGACAAAGAUCGUACUUUUUGGAGAAAUGUCCUCUGGUCUGAUGAAACAAAGAUAGAACUGUUUGGCCAUAAUGACCAUUGUGUUGGAGGAAAAAGGGGGUGCUUGCAAGCCGAAUAGCACCAUCCCAACCGUAAAGCACGGGGGUGGCAGCAUCAUGCUGUGGGGGUGCUUUGCUGCUAGAGGGAUUGGUGCACUUCACAAAAUAGAUGGCAUCAUGAGGAAGGAAAAUUAUGUGGAUAUAUUGAAGCAACAUCUCAAGACAUCAGUCAGGAAGUUAAAGCUUGGUCGCAAAUGGGUCUUCCAAAUGGACAAUGCAACCACAAGCACACUUCCAAAGUUGUGGCAAAAUGGCUUAAGGACAACAAAGUCAAGGUAUUGGAGUGGCCAUCACAAAGCCCUGACCUCAAUCCUAUAGAAAAUGUGUGGGCAGAACUGAAAAAGCGUGUGCGAGCAAGGGGGCCUACAAACCUGACUCAGUUACACCAGCUCUGUCAGGAGGAAUGGGCCAAAAUUCACCCAACUUAUUCUGGCAAGCUUGUGGAAGGCUACCUGACACGUUUGACCCAAGUUAAACAAUUUAAAGGCAAAGCUACCAAAUACUAAUUGAGUGUAUGUAAUCUUCUGACCCACUGGGAAUGUGAUGAAAGAAAUAAAAGCUGAAAUAAAUGGUUAAGAGCGUUGUGCCAGUAACCGAAAGGUCGCUGGUUCUAAUCCCCGAGCCGACUAGGUGAAAAAUCUGCCGAUGUGCCCUUGAGCAAGGCACUUAACCCUAAUUGCUCCUGUAAGUCGCUCUGGAUAAGAGCGUCUGCUAAAUGACUCAAAUGUAAUGUAAAAAAUGUAUUAUUCUGACAUGUCACAUUCUUAAACUAAAGUGGUGAUCCUAACUGACCUAAGAAAGGGAAUUUUUACUAGGAUUAAAUGUCUGGAAUUGUGAAAAACUGAGUUUAAAUGUAUUUGUUUAAGGUGUAUGUAAACUUCUGACUUCAACUGUGUAACUAGGAAUAAAGUGACAGUAAAUACUAGCAGCAGCAUAUGUGAUGAGUCAAAAAGUAUAUAGCAUCUACACCUAUCCAUGAAAUGUCCCACCUGUAAACUGCACAGGUACAAGGUUACCAGAACACCAGGCUUUCCUAUUUACAUUUGGUAUCCAUUUGUGUGUAUUUUAGGUGAGAAAGGAAGACGUUCCAACGGACACUGUGGAUCACCACGUCACAGCAAAGCUACCAGAAAGCAAACCAGUAAACCUGUUCAUGAGGCAUAAAUAAGCAAUACUGAUGAAGAUGUUUUUUUUUGCUGUCAUACAGAAGAUUUGUUUGCCUUGUGUUUUGCAGCAGCAGAAUCCUGGAAUGUUUAUGGGAAUGAUGCAAAAAGUCAACCCUUUCAAAUCUACAACACCGAAUCAGGUAGUCAUGAUGAUGAUGAUCAAUCUGUAUCAUAUUGCAAAGUUAUGCUAAAUAUGAAAUCUACUAUUUUCUCUCCUUUCUUUUCAGGACACCCAGUCCAUACACAGUGAUUUGUCCUCCAGUGCUGGCAGUCUGGCUGAGAAUAACAGUUUUGCAGGCAAAGAGGUAAACCCGUUUAUCCUUGGUGCUGAGGCAUACAUCUUCUUAGUAUAGAAAUACAACAGUGCUGGUAGAGGAACAUUUUUAUUAUCACUACUAAGUGAUUUCUGUGUUCACCUGGUUUUUCAGAACCCUGGGAUGUUCAAGGGAAUGAUGCAGAAAGUCAACCCAUUCAAAUCUACAACACAAACCCAGGUAGUCUACUCACCCUUGUUGUACUGCAUCUACAACACAAACCCAGGUAGUCUACUCACCCUUGUUGUACUGCGUCUACAACACAAACCCAGGUAGUCUACCUACCCUUGUUGUACUGCGUCUACAACACAAACCCAGGUAGUCUACUUACCCUUGUUGUACUGCGUCUACAACACAAACCCAGGUAGUCUACUCACCCUUGUUGUACUGCAUCUACAACACAAACCCAGGUAGUCUACUGACCCUUGUUGUACUGCGUCUACAACACAAACCCAGGUAGUCUACUGACCCUUGUUGUACUGCAAAGGAAGCUCCAAUAGUUUAGACUAGUGUUUCCCAAACCUGUCCUGGAGUAACCCCAGCCAGUCCAGUUAUUUGAUAUAUUCCAGAACUAGCACUGCUGAUCCAACUAAUGAAGGGUUUGAUGAUUAAGAGGCCGUUUGAAUCAGCUGUGCUAGUUCUGGAAUAAAUCAAAGACGUGGACUGGCUGGGGGUACUCGAGGAGAGGUUUGUGAAACACUGGUUUAGACUGACUGGUAGAAUGUCACUAUAUGCAAAAUGGCAAAUAUUUAAUUGGUAGAGCAUGGCGUUUGUAACGCCAGGGUAGUGGGUUCGAUCCCCGGGACCACCCAUACGUAAAAAUUUAUGCGCACAUGACUGUAAGUCGCUUUGAAUAAAAGCGUCUGCUAAAUGGUAUAUUAUUAAUAUUAUUAUUAUUAUUAUUAUUAUUAUUAUUAUUAUUAUUAUUAUUAUUAUUUAAAUACUCCCCCUCUCUUCCUCUCACUCCCUUCCUACCUCUCCCUUCAUUUCAGGAGACUCAGCCGUUACACAGUGAUUCAUCCUCCAGUUCUGACAGUCUGAAUGACACCAACGUCUUACCCCCUACAGAGAAUCAGGUACAACAACACGUCUAUGAUGUCCCAACUGCAAAAUCAAAUGCAGGUGUAUAUUUCACGUACAGGGUUAGCCAAAAUGACAACUUACUCCAUGACUUGUUACAGAGCGUGUGGUACACAGACAAUGACGCAAUGUUUUCAGUGAAAAGUGAACCUCCACAAGAAAAUAAGAAAAGGACUGGGGUAUGUAACUUUAAAAAAAAACAUACUAUUAUGACUAUUAUAUUAUACAAUUCAUCAAAUGUAUUUUAAAAAGUCAUUUUACAUCAGCAGUUGUCACAAAGUACCACACUAUAAUACUAUCAUCUUAUUUAAGUACAUCAUCUACAUAGGGCCUCUUCACAGGGCGUGUUGUUAUGUUUCUGUCUGUUUGUCUCUCUGGUAGACAUUCCGAAUCCGAAGGAUUCUCCCUGGUACUCUGUUUGGCUACGGAGCUACAGUAACCAUAUUUUCACUCUUCCUUUUGGUCUUAGUCAUUCCUGUCUUUUUUACUCUAGGUGUUCUUUCUUAAUUUUCAUAUGAAUAAUAAUAAUAUUACAAUUUAAUAAUAUCUUCACUUAUAUUCAUCUUUAUUUUCAUACAGAAUACUGAUGCUCAGCCCACAGCCCAGGUGGGCAUAGUGGAGGUCCAGAAACUGGAGAUGGCUGCAGUGCCAGUACCUAGUGAAGGAAACCCACUGGACAGUGAGGAUGUAUGUAUCACAUGUACUAUGUUGCAUUAUGAUACUUCAUAAUUUACUAUGACACUGGACGGUGGUUAUUGAACAUGUAUGCCUUAAAUCGCAAUAUAACCUUACAACAUAUUACUCAGUAUGACACUAUACCUUGUUUGUGCAUUCAUACUGCAUUAUGUGUAUGUGACUAAUAGUAUUUUAUUCUCAGAAUGAGGAAGGCCUUAUGGAUUGGUGGAAAACAGUAGAGGGUAUGUUUGGCAUGAAGCACUAUUUUUCACCAGUGUGUAUGUGUGUUCUCCUGUCGUUGUUUACAGUAACUACAGGUUAUAUCUCUGCUCCCCCUAGGUUGGGAAACGUGGAAUGAGUCCAACACCUUUGAAGCGGAUGAAGGAGAGAUGUAAGUAUUUACCCAUUGGUUAUGUCGUUUUAAGAUAAAUUGUCAAUGUGAGAUUUCAGGCAAUGUGUAUUACACGUCUUUAGGGAACCCAACUGAACUUCAUAACACAGAGAAAUGAUAUUUAUAGUGUAAGAUCAGGCUUACUUCUCCAGGAUUCUUACUUCUCCUUCCCUUUUUCCAUCACUCUCUUUCUCCUCCUUCCCCUCUCUCUCAGGGCAGUGGAGGCGGUGGCGGACCGUGUCUUCAUGGCGGCCCGUCUGUUCGUGCGCCUCUUCAACCAGCGCGGUGCCUCCUUACAGCAACGCAUCCUGGAGCUCCUAUCAUUGGCUGAUGCCGCCGACAGCUUCCACAAGAGGACUGUGAAGGCCAGCGUGGGGGGUGGAGUCGCCAGCGUUGCCGGGAGCAUCACCACUAUCACCGGCCUCAUCUUGGCGCCGUUCACCAUGGGAACGUCGCUCAUCGUCACGGCAGUGGGCAUCGGCGUCGCGACGGCGGGGGGGGUAGCGUCAGCCUCUGCGAAUAUUACCGAUACGGUGCACUCCAAGACAGACAGGAAGAAGGUGGAGAAGAUGAUUCAGGAUUACCAGGAGGAGAUGAAGGAUAUCAAGGAGUGUCUGGACUUUUUGCAGGUGGGUGUAGGGUGGAGUUGCCCUUAGAUCAGGGGUCGGCAACAUGCGGCCCACAUGCCAAAACUGGCCCGCUAGUGAUUUCUUUUGGCCCCCCAAAUGUUGGUAGUCUGCCAGUCUGCCUGCCUUUCUUUAUAAUUUUGUUUUUAAGUAAAAAAAAGACUGUAAAAUCACCAGGAAUUCAGCAAAAAAUUAGUUUAGUUUAGGAAAUCUGUUCCCAUGUAUUCCCACAAAUAAAAAAGAAACGUGAUCGUGUCUCAAUGUAAUCAAGGUAUGACUUGACCAAGGAAUGUCUUGACCUUUGACUUUAUAUCAUGUUGUUGCUUCUUUUCUUACUCUCCCUUUUAUUUCUCCCUUGCGCUCUCUCUUUCUCCAUCUCUCUCCAUCCACCCCAGGUCGGUAUGGAGACCCUGGAGGAGUGGGACUUUGACCAGUACGUGGACAGCAUCUCUAAGAAAUAUCUCAACCAGAAUGUCAAACACGUGAUGAAGGAAGGUGGCCGGGCCGGCAAGGCAUUACUAAUCAACACAGAAAGUCUGAUCAACACCGUGCAGGUUCUCAACGUGGCAGGCGGCGCGGCCAAGGCCGCCCAGGUACAUGAUGAUGAUGAUGAUGAUGAUGAUGAUGAUUAGUACAUUAUUUGUUAGGGACAGAUUAGGGACGUGAACGUUUAAACGUUCAAAUAUUUAAACUAAAUUGGGAUACUUAACAUUAAGAAAAAAAAGAUUUUUUCGCCCCACAAAAUUAAAAUCACAGUGCAGUUAUCACAAAACAUAUUAUUUUCUGUGUUAUAGCCUAACUAGACGAUAAGCUAUAAAGGCCUGGGGAACGUUGCAUAAUUUAAAUAAAACCAGAGAGGAAGAGGCAAACUGUAGGCUACUUUGGUGAAUUUUCGAGGCAUACAUCCUUUCUCCCUGAGUGGCGCAGUGGUCUAAGGCACUGCAUCGCAGUGCUAACUGUGCCACUAGAGAUCCUGGUUCGAAUCCAGGCUCUGUCGCCGCCGGCCGCGACCGGGAGACUCAUGGGCGGCGCACAAUUGGCCCAGCGUCGUCCAGGGUAGGGGAGGGAAUGGCCGGCAGGGAUGUAGCUCAGUUGAUAGAGCAUGGCGUUUGCAACGCCAGGGUUGUGGGUUCGUUUCCCACGGGGGGCCAGUAUAAAAAAAAUAUGUAUUCACUAACUGUAAGUCGCUCUGGAUAAGAGCGUCUGCUAAAUGACUAAAAUGUAAAAUGUAAAUGUAAAAUACAAGACGUUGCUAGAUACAGAUUACCUUGCCAGAAGAUACUGACCCUACCGUUACGCUUGUUUACACUGAUCUGCACUGGGGUGAGAACGCAAUCAUGGUUAUAUUAAGACACCGUGGAGCCGAUGCGAGAUAUGGGUCGAAAAACGUCAAUGCAGGGAUGGUAUAUGUCACUGUACUGCAAAUUGUACCUUUAUCCAUACUGCUCCAUCGAGAAGAUUGAAAUACUGCUAGUUUUCCUUGGAAACUGACCUUUUCGUUCUCAUGCUAGAUAGCAGUAGCCACAGCAGCCAUUAUGGAAUGCACGUCGUAUUGAACAACAAAGGAGCUGAUUGGCUUCCUGCCAUUCCAAAAAGGCUGUGGUGGCUACUGCUAGCUAGCAUGAGGACGAAAAGGGCAGUUUCCUGGGAAAACUAGCAGUAUUUAAAUCUUCUUGAUCCUAACGGAAUCGAAUUUUGCCAUAGAAAUGGGAGUCAACACCGGGAGUCGACGUGCAAGGAGUCAAUUAUUUUGGAGUCAAAUCUCCACCACUACGUCGUUAACAGUUAAGCGACAGCUGUGAAGUCCUUUAUGGCAAUACUUUGAGAAGUUAAAUGAAAAGGAAAUGCAGACUUUGCAAGUGGAAUUGAGGUACAGUAAUGGUAGUACAGGUGCAAUGCUUAACCAUCUGAAACGGAAGCAUCGUGAGACCCAAACCGUUCCUUACGCAGCUGCAUUGUGAAUUCACAUGGAAUGUUAAGACAUUUUCUUAUCGUUUUAACGGAAAACAGAUUUAAAAAUAUAGGUUUUAAACAUUAAGAAAAAUUCUCAAUUUGUCACAUCCCUAGGACAGAUACAGUGGGGGAAAAAAGUAUUUAGUCAGCCACCAAUUGUGCAAGUUCUCCCACUUAAAAAGAUGAGAGAGGCCUGUAAUUUUCAUCAUAGGUACACGUCAACUAUGACAGACAAAAUGAGAAAAGAAAAUCCAGAAAAUCACAUUGUAGGAUUUUUUAUGAAUUUAUUUGCAAAUUAUGGUGGAAAAUAAGUAUUUGGUCAAUAACAAAAGUUUCUCAAUACUUUUAUAUACCCUUUGUUGGCAAUGACACAGGUCAAACGUUUUCUGUAAGUCUUCACAAGGUUUUCACACACUGUUGCUGGUAUUUUGGCCCAUUCCUCCAUGCAGAUCUCCUCUAGAGCAGUGAUGUUUUGGGGCUGUCGCUGGGCAACACGGACUUUCAACUCCCUCCAAAUAUUUUCUAUGGGGUUGAGAUCUGGAGACUGGCUAGGCCACUCCAGGACCUUGAAAUGCUUCUUACGAAGCCACUCCUUCGUUGCCCGGGCGGUGUGUUUGGGAUCAUUGUCAUGCUGAAAGACCCAGCCACGUUUAAUCUUCAAUGCCCUUGCUGAUGGAAGGAGGUUUUCACUCAAAACCUCACGAUACAUGGCCCCAUUCAUUCUUUCCUUUACACGGAUCAGUCGUCCUGGUCCCUUUGCAGAAAAACAGCCCCAAAGCAUGAUGUUUCCACCACCAUGCUUCACAGUAGGUAUGGUUGUUCUUUGGAUGCAACUCAGCAUUCUUUGUCCUCCAAACACGACGAGUUUAGUUUUUUACCAAAAAGUUAUAUUUUGGUUUCAUCUGACCAUAUGACAUUCUCCCAAUCCUCUUCUGGAUCAUCCAAAUGCACUCUAGCAAACUUCAGACGGGCCUGGACAUGUACUGGCUUAAGCAGGGGGACACGUCUGGCACUGCAGGAUUUUAGUCCCUGGCGGCGUAGUGUGUUAAUGAUGGUAGGCUUUGUUACUUUGGUCCCAGCUCCCUGCAGGUCAUUUACUAGGUCCCCCCGUGUGGUUCUGGGAUUUUUGCUCACCGUUCUUGUGAUCAUUUUGACCCCACGGGGUGAGAUCUUGUGUGGAGCCCCAGAUCGAGGGAGAUUAUCAGUGGUCUUGUAUGUCUUCCAUUUCCUAAUAAUUGCUCCCACAGUUGAUUUCUUCAAACCAAGCUGCUUACCUAUUGCAGAUUCAGUCUUCCCAGCCUGGUACAGGUCUACAAUUUUGUUUCUGGUGUCCUUUGAUAGCUCUUUGGUCUUGAUAGCUCUUUGGUCAUAGUGGAGUUUGGAGUGUGACUGUUUGAGGUUGUGGACAGGUGUCUUUUAUACUGAUAACAAGUUCAAACAGGUGCCAUUAAUACAGGUAACGAGUGGAGGACAGAGGAGCCUCUUAAAGACGAAGUUACAGGUCUGUGAGAGCCAGAAAUCUUGCUUGUUUGUAGGUGACCAAAUACUUAUUUUCCACCAUCAUUUGCAAAUAAAUUCAUAAAAAAUCCUACAAUGUGAUUUUCUGGAAUUUUAUUUUCUCAAUUUGUCUGUCAUAGUUGACGUGUACCUAUGAUGAAAAUUACAGGCCUCUCUCAUCUUUUUAAGUGGGAGAACUUGCACACUUGGUGGCUGACUAAAUACUUUUUUUCCCCACUGUACAAUUAAAACAUUUACACAUUUAAUCAUCGACAGGCAGAUGCAUUGCACCAUCAUGCUUUAGCUGGUGCUAAUUUGCAGCAUCCGUCCCUAGAUGGGGUUUAAAAUAGGGGAAAUGAAAUAACAAGAAAACAAAUCACUGAUCAAAACAAACAAUAUAAAAUGGAUCACAAAUGGUUAAAUUCUUGAUGUUCUCCAUGUGCUGAUUUGCUUGUUCUUAUUUUAAUUUAUUUUUUUAGGUGAUGAGUCUCACCACAGGAGUAAUGUCAGGUCUCUUCCUGGCCCUGGAUGUCUUCUUCCUGGCCAAGGACUCCAUCGAGCUCAACAAGGGAGCCAAGACGGAGUUUGCUGGGAAGAUCAGGGAAGUGUGUAAGGAUCUGCAGAAUGGACUGUUGGAGCUCAACCGCAUCAAAGAGCAACUGCAGAAAACUAUGGAUGGGAUUGAGGUGGAGGAAGAGGAGGAGGAGGUGUACGAGUCUGAUUCAGAGAAACUGGGCCAGCUGGAAGAAUGA